AUGACGACAACAAACGCAGGAAUACAAACCCAAAUUCCAAAAUUACUAGGGCAAAACUAUUAUCACUGGCAUAUUCAAAUGAAAGUUUUGUUAGAAUCACAAGAUUUAUGGUCAAUUAUGGAAGAAGGAUACAAUCAACUUGCAUCUGGGGCUUCAGAAAGUGAUCACAACGCGCAUAAAGAAAGGGUUAAGAGAGACAAGAAGGCGUUACACAUCAUUUUUCAAGCAGUGAAUGAAACCGUCUUUGAAAGAAUCGCUACAUGUACAACAUCUAAGGAAGCAUGGAAUGUUCUUCACAAGGCUUAUAGAGGCGAACAGAGAGUAAAAAUGGUAAAACUCCAAACCCUAAGAUGUGAAUUCGAUUCAUUACGAAUGAAAGAAACAAAGUCAAUAGAAGAUUUUAUUAAUCGAACAACUGUUAUAGUAAAUCAAUUACGUAUGAACGAAGAAAACAUAACCAAACAGAGAAUAGUAGAAAAAAUUCUUAGAACACAUACAAGAAAAUACGAGUCAGUGGUUGUUGCCAUCGAGGAAUCCAAGGAUCUGAAUCUCAUGUCUACUGAAGAAUUACUCGGUAUUCUUCAGUCACAUGAAUUGAGAUUGAAACAAUAUGAUGAUAUAUCGAUGGAAAAAGCAUUCCAAGUACAGGGAAAUUAUUCUGAUCAUUCAAGACAAUAUCGAUCAGAUAACUCAGGCCGAGGACGCGGUAGAGGAAGAGGGAGAUCUUACAGUCAAAUAAGAUGUUAUAAUUGCCAAAAAUUGGGACAUACCGCUCGUUUCUAUCAAAAGAAAGACGAGAAUGAAAGAACAUGGAAUGCACUUAUGCAUGAGGAAGAAACAAAUGAGAAGUAUGAAGACACAAUGUUCAUGAUAUUCAACGUAGAAGAAGUGACUAAGAAUGAUUGCUGGUAUUUAGACAGUGGGUGUAGCAAUCACAUGACUGGAGAUAAAAGUUUGUUCAUUACACUUAAUGAAUCUGAGAGAAAAGAAGUUAGAACAGGGGAUGACAAAAAGCUUGAAGUGCUAGGGUGUGGUGAUGUUGCCAUAAAAGUUAAGUGA